AUGCCGACGUUCGAGUCGAAGCCAUUGCGAAAGUCGAACUCGCUGCUGGCGAGGUUGGCGCCGCAGGUAAGACGGAGGCCGCUUCUUUUCUUCGGUCUCCCUUUUCUGGCCACCAUGGUCGGAGCUAGCUUUGGGCUGGCCAGCCUGACGCAGACGAGAUACGACUACAACGCCACAAAGGUGCAGACAAUAUCAAAGGAGGAGGAGUUGCGCAUGAAAAAGGAUCGAAAGAGGAUUGAUAUCCGGGAAGAGUACUUCAAACUACAGUCAAAGGAGGACGAGCUGGAUGAUUGGGAGCCCAAGCGUAUCGAUCGUCCCGAUGGUGUCGCAGACUGGGGAGUGGCCCCGACAGGGUACAAGUCCAUCCAGACUGAAGCUCUCUCUGCCCGAGAUGCCGAGAACGAGAAGAGUAAAGGGUUUACUGCCGACAAUGUCCUCUCCUCGAGUAAGCAGGCCCAGGUAGUGCUUGGUCCGGACGGCAAGCCAUGUCGUGCUUGCAAUUCAAAGCUUGCUUUCACAGCAGCGAUGAAAGGCACAAAAAUCCCAUCUGCUGGUACCAGCUCGAAAGAUAGCUCCAGCGGCAAAGCAGCAUCGACGACCGGAGCUGCUGCAGUGGCCCUACCGACUGCGGCGAUCGCGGCCACAUCGUCAGCGUCCACGACUUGCCCGCCUGACGGCGAAGAACUCGGUCGAUCUGCCUGGACUUUGCUUCAUUCUUCCGCAGCGUAUUUCCCUGAGAAUCCUUCGGCUCAGCAGCAAAGCUCGAUGCUCGCCCUCUUCCGUGCACUACCACAUAUCUACCCUUGCCACUCUUGCGCUGAAGCGCUCGGAGAAGAAUAUCGGCGUGAAGACAAGGAGGGCGGCUGGGAAGACCGUAGCCUGAAGCUCGCCACUGCUGUACGUUCGGGGCCUUCUCUGCGUAAGUGGCUUUGCGGCAUUCACAACGAGGUCAACCAACGACUUGGGAAGCCGACCUUCCCAUGCACCGAAGCACACCUCUCCGAAAGAUGGCUGGACGGUCCAACUGACGGGAGCUGCGAUUGA